GUCCGAUUCACUUGUGAACAGGCGGACCUGUACCCUCGAAGUAACGACGACGAUGCUCAAUCGAUUGUUGGUGAGAAUCUGCGGACGCCGUUGGUCGAACUUCUGGUAAACCAGGAGGGCCUAUUGAAUCCACAAGAUGCUACUGAGGCGGGACAAAACGAAAGCCUCUUCCACAUAGGAUCCGCCACGAUAAAGGAACUUCUCAAGUCCACUCAGAAGAGAGACCUCGGCAACUGGUGUCUGCGUGAGAAGUUGACGAAGGACCAGUUCAUUCAAAGAGCAUUCGAGCUUUUGUUUGAAUUCCCGUACGUGGAAGUUUUCAAACAAAGAAGGAACAACGGUGAGCUGGUGGUUCUUCACAAAAAUGUCGACUGCAGGCUGCCCUCGAGUUACAAUAGUCAGUCCUCCUGGAUGCACACCAGCGAUCUUGGUUUUCGCGCCUAUCUGCACACUAUAUCGGAUAAGAUUGCCUCCUGGACGAAGGAGCAGGAGGCCUUCUACCAGGCCACAUUACUCAGCAACGAAAUCAAGAUGGCGACUCAGGAGACUAUUGAAACGCCAAAAUCUGCAUCUACGCAAAAAGGACAGAAGGUUCGAACAAAGACCAAGACUAAUAAAAAGGGUAGAAAUUCGAUUUCGAAGGGCGAAGCUCCUUUGGAGACAGUGGCAGAAAAGGAGAUUUUUGACGAAAAUGGCGAGUAUAUCGUCAAGGGAUCAUUGAAGGAUGAACUGAGGAAAAAGGUAAUUCCAGUCAGUUGUAAAGCGCACCUCUUUAGCUCAGCAGUAGAAAUAAUUUAA